AUGUCUACUUUGAACUUCGCCUUGAAGAACCAGACCGGUUCAAACACGGUCUAUGCCUACAUCACCGGCCAAGCAAUCGACAACAACAAUGCACUUUUCCUGCUCCAAGCGGACGGCAAGACGGCGUACUAUCCAACCUCGCCAUCCGCUACCCAGACAGCUCUCGCGCAAGACUGCGCCAUUCCACUCGGUGCAUCGGGCAGUACCAAGACAGUGACGAUCCCACAUAUCGCAGGAGGUCGAAUCUGGUUUGUACGCGAUGCCAAGCUCACAUUCUACGUGAACCCGGGCCCUGCACUCGUGGAGCCCUCGUCGUCCAAUCCGUCCGACCCCAACUAUAACCUGUAUUGGGACUUUUGCGAGUUCACCUGGAACUCGUCGCAGCUUUACGUGAACAUUACUUAUGUCGAUUUUGUGUCACUGCCCAUUGCCCUGACGCUCACCAACACGUCGGGAGCUUCGAAGAGCGUCCAGGGUUUACCGGCGGAUGGACUCGCCACGAUCUGCAAUGCACUCAAGUCUCAGAAUUCGAAGGAUAGUGCUGGCUGGGACAAGCUUAUCGUCACAACUAAUGGGAACAAUCUUCGAGCCGUGUCGCCGAAUACAGGCAUUACAUUGGACAACUCCUUGUUCAAGACUUACUAUGAUUCAUACGUGGAUCAGGUCUGGUCCAAAUAUACGAAUGACACCUUGACGGUUAAUACCCAGGGCAGCGCUGGUGAUGUGACGGCCAAAGUCUUGAACGGCAAGCUCACCUUUUCCUCCGGAAGCAUUUCCUACGAUCGGCCAUCCACAGCGGAUAUCUUCAGCAACAGCUCUGGAGCAUUUGCAGUCUCUGGUGAUGGGACUAAAGACGCCAUCACUGCCCGCUUGGCAGCGGCAUUCAACCGCUCCACCCUGUUGACCAACAUCAAUCAACCGAAUGGCGAGACUGUGGCAAAUUACUACCAGAAUGCUGUGACAAACCACUACUCGCGGAUCUGUCAUGCCACUAAUCUGGAUACCCGUGGUUAUGCGUUCCCUUACGAUGAUGUGGCGCCGACUAAUGGUGCUGACCAGUCUGGUAGUGUGUAUGAUCCGAAUCCUCAAUUGUUGACGGUGACUGUUGGUGGGGGCUCGAGCAAUUCGACAAACAAAUCUGCCAAUCAGGGGAAUACUGCACCAGCUCAGGGGACUCAGAAGAAGAGCUUGUUCGCUGGCUUGAAGAAAGUGAUGCAGACGUUGUCCUGCAAGAAGUAA